AUGUCCCCUACUAUUAUAGAGGAUAUAUCAAACCUGAAUAGGGAAAUCCUUUCCAACCACCCCAGGGAUGACAUGGACAACAACUCGGCAAGAAUCAUCCACAUUACAAAAUUCUUACAUCUACACUUCUUCGAUGGGCUGAGAUCCCCGAAGAAUACAGGAAAACUUACCUUUAAUAAAGGCUGUCGAUUUUCGAAUGUCAUCCUCAUUCAACAAGGCGUGAAGACGGAAGGCUACCUCUGGCGCUUGGAAGAUGAGAUUUCAACCAUUAGCUAUGGCGGAAGGAGAAGGCAAUACCAGCGAAGACAGCGGCCACUUAAAUGGCUAGCCGACCGACUUGCCUAUACUCAUCCGCUUCUAUCCAUAAGGCUAAGUGACAUUCUCAAUCUCGAUGAACCAGCGACACCUUCGCAAGAAUGGCAGAUGAGUAUAAUUGAUAUUAUAGAAGAAGCUAUAGAGCAGGAGAAGAAGCUUUAUACGGCAACCUUGCUUGGCCCUGGGCGUUUAAGCGUUGCCAUCUUCGUCAUGGAGCCUGGACAUAGUGAUACCGAAAGCGAUGAAACAGGCGUGAGCAGUGAGAUAGGCUCUGAAAGGAGCCUUGAGUAUGAGCAAGACUUUCCACCCAUUUCUCUUGGCGCACAAGCAGAUGAUGCUGAGCCGUUAGUUCUUGACGAAGGAUACGCAUUUACUUCCAUUAAUCGUAACCAACAAGUUCUGGCACUCUCGGAAGCCUUGUUGAAGAUUCAUAUCGGCUUAUUGGAUCCGUGUCUAUCCCCUUAUCUAAUCACGAUUGAACAAACUGAACUUGCUGACACUGCGCAAGAAGCCACAAUCAUCAAAAAGCUGAGCUCCCCAAGCAAAGGCCUCUUAGCACAGGACCGCUACACUACCACCUCAAGAGAUAUUUCGAGACAAAUCCAAAGCGCCUUCCUCGUCUUCCUUUCAUUUGGUCUUGUCUUUCAAGUGCUGUGCCUCAGUGGCAUUCUUUGGUUGGCCUUCCAUGGACAAGUGCUAGUACCCAUGCAAGACUCGCGAUUGACAAGCAUUGUCAUCUCUGCUGGUAGUAAACUUGCCACUAACAUCAUGGGCAUCAGCUAUUUCCGAUCUUGUGGACGGGCGACCUGUCAAUACGCGAAGGUUGAUCUCCAUGUGCAAGACGUUCAUGUCACAGGAACAAUAUCAAAAUUUCUGCGUCUUACCCUGGUCUUUCAGGUUCCAUAUUCUCAUAGGAGCUAUGACGCUGGCGGCAAUGGUUGCGACGUCUUCGUCUUUAGAUACGAUACCUUUGCAACGUCCGGAUGGGUAACGGCACUCGUCUCGGACGUUGCGUUUACAUGUCCUGCAGAGAAGGUAACCGAUACGAAUGUCUUCAUCUGCGGCCAGGGCGGUUCGAAUGCCUACAUCCUCACAAACACCUCAGUACACGCUUGGGAUUACAUUGGAGAAGUGAACACAGGAGGUCAGAAAGCAGUGGCCGAGUUCGGGGACUUUGGAAACAAAGACAGUUGGGGCUAACGUCACCCUUGCGGCACUACCUCCGGGUUGUUUUCCUAGAGGCAUGAACAACUUCCGUAGAUGGCCAUGUGUGUGACUUGUGACAAGCGAGAGAUACCAGUGGAUUUCAGCGGAAUUGGGCACGAGACCAACACAACCGUCUACCUAGAUAACAAGACUGCCGCUAUUCUCGAUAUUGGAAACAUGCCUCAGCGGGGAUCCAUU